CGGACAACGGCCGAAGGCUUUCGGGCGCUCUUGGGCCGGUUGGGCAGUCAUAACCUCCUCCAGAGCAUGCUCCUCACACCAUAACGGCCAUGUCGUCGAGAUACCAGAACCAGCCUUGUCGUGAAUUCCACAUAGUCGUCCUAGGCGCAGGUGGCGUGGGGAAGAGUUGCCUAACUGCCCAGUUCGUUCACCAUGAAUGGAUUGAGAGCUAUGACCCCACAAUUGAGGACUCGUACCGGACUCAGGUCUCGAUCGAUGGCCGACAGGUUGUCCUGGAGAUUCUGGACACAGCUGGGACUGAUCAGUUUGUGGCCAUGAGGGAUCUCUAUAUGAAGACCGGUCAAGGAUUCCUCCUCGUCUUCAGCAUCACCUCCAAAUCCUCCCUCGCCGAGCUGGUGAAUCUUCGCGAGGAGAUAAUCCGCAUAAAGGACGACGAGAGUGUCCCGAUAGUCAUUGCCGGCAAUAAGGCAGACCUGGAAGACCAGCGGGCUGUCGAGCGGGCCAAGGCAUUCUCCCUCUCGCAGCGCUGGGAGGCUCCGUAUUACGAGACCAGUGCGAGGACGAAGACAAACGUCGACGAAGUCUUUGUCGACCUCUGCAGGCAGAUGCUACGCCGUGAUGACACGUACGAAAACACCAACGAUGACGACUUUUACGACAAACAGGAAGGCACCAACCCGUAUGGGAUAAGACGGCGAAGGAAAAGGAAGCAUCGGGAGCACAGAUGCGUUAUUCUAUGACCCUGUUUGGGUUUUGUUUUGUUUUGUUUUGUUUUUCUUUUGGCAUUGUUAACUGGGUUGCGUCAACCGCGAUGGAGCGGUAUGAACCAUCAAAAAGGAACGGGCAAAAAAACAAGCAUUUGCAUGCUGUCGUCGUCGCUCGAUAUCGGGC